GCGGGGCCGCGGCGACAGCGGCGGCACAGGGUGAAAUUUCUGGAAGGUGCGGCCGGAGCCGGGCCGGGAUCGGGAUCAGGGUCGGGCCGGGGGCCGCGGGCGGUGACGGCGCCCAUCGCCGCCGCCAUGAACCACAAGAGCAAGAAGCGGAUCCGUGAGGCGAAGCGCAGCGCCCGGCCCGAGCUGAAGGACUCGCUGGACUGGACCCGUCACAACUACUGCGAGACCUUCCCCCUCAGCCCCACCACCUGCAAGGAUAACGUGGAGAGGGCAGAUGCACUCCAGUUAACAGUGGAGGAGUUUGUUGAGCGUUAUGAAAAGCCUUACAAGCCCGUGGUGCUGCUGAACGCUCAGGUGGGCUGGUCUGCCCAGGAGAAGUGGACGCUGGAGCGGCUGAAACGCAAGUACAGGAACCAGAAGUUCAAAUGUGGGGAGGACAAUGAUGGUUACUCUGUGAAGAUGAAGAUGAAAUACUACAUCGAGUACAUGGAAACCACCCGUGAUGACAGCCCCCUGUAUAUCUUUGACAGCAGCUAUGGAGAGCAUCCCAAGCGAAGGAAACUCCUGGAGGACUACAAGGUCCCCAAAUUCUUCACUGAUGAUCUCUUUCAGUAUGCAGGGGAGAAACGAAGGCCACCCUACAGAUGGUUUGUGAUGGGCCCACCUCGUUCUGGAACAGGAAUUCACAUUGAUCCCUUGGGAACGAGUGCAUGGAAUGCCUUAGUCCAGGGACAUAAGCGUUGGUGCCUGUUCCCAACCAGCACCCCCAGAGAGCUGAUCAAAGUGACACGGGAGGAGGGGGGGAACCAGCAGGACGAGGCCAUCACCUGGUUCAAUGUCAUCUAUCCUCGCACACAGCUUCCCACCUGGCCCCCCGAGUUCAAACCCCUGGAAGUCUUACAGAAACCAGGAGAGACAGUCUUUGUGCCAGGUGGCUGGUGGCACGUAGUCCUCAAUCUUGACACAACUAUUGCCAUCACACAAAACUUUGCCAGCUGUACCAACUUCCCAGUGGUGUGGCACAAGACAGUAAGAGGGAGACCGAAACUGUCACGGAAAUGGUACAGGAUCCUAAAGCAGGAGCAUCCUGAAUUGGCAGCCUUGGCUGAUUCAGUUGACCUGCAGGAAUCUACUGGUAUUGCUUCUGACAGUUCCAGUGAUUCUUCCAGUUCAUCAAGUUCCAGCUCCUCAGACUCUGAUUCAGAGUGUGACUCUGGCUCUGAGACAGAGGGGAUGAUGCACCGCAGGAAGAAGCGGAGGACGUGUGGGAUGAUGGGGAACGGGGACACCACUUCGCAGGACGACUGCGUGAGCAAAGAGCGCAGCUCCUCCAGGAUUAGGGAAUCUUGUGGAGGCCGCAGCUACCCCUGAGGGAUAACAUCACCUACCCAGAGGCAGCUGCUGAUGGAAGCUCUGUUAGCAGCCAGCCAGCUCUGUUCUACUCCCUUCUGCUUCUGUUUCUCACACUCCUUAAGUUUUUGUUACUCUUCUUCGAUCCAGACAUCUUCAUUUCGUGCUGUCCAAGGUUGGCUCCUGAAUAACCUGUAGGGGAACACCGCAGCUGUGUCCUUUGUGCAAUGCUUUGUCCCCUCUGACCCCUGCACUAUAACCCAGCUGUGGGUAAGGACAUGCCAAGUAUUUCGUGGGUCACAGAACUGGCAAGGAAGGCAACGGUCAGUUUUUAAAGAACUCUUUUUAAAACCAGCAGGUAAAUGAAAAACCUGCCUUGCUUUGACACUGUCAUAUGUUUACAUGUUGUCCUGUACACUUGAGGAAAGGAACACCAGCCCUUUUGGCCUAUUGGAAUGACUGGUGGAUCUCACACCAGAAUUUUGGGAAGAACAAGGAGGAUACGAGCUUCUGCAAGAACUGAGCUGUGGAAAAUGAGUCCUUGGAUCUUACCCUGCUGCAGGAGAACAUUGCUGUUGGGGCUGGCACUUCCAAGUGUGUGUCUCAUAAAAUCCUGGAAUAUGAGCACCUGGAAAGAACCCAUCAGGAUCCUUGAGUUCAACUCCUGGCCCUGCACAGAAACCAAGACACCCACCCUGUGCCCAAGAGCAUUGUCCAAACACUUCAUGUACUCGGGCUCAGUGCUGUGACCAUUGCCCUGGGGAGCCUGUUCCAGUGUCUAACCACCCUCAGGGUGAAAAACAUUUUUGUGAUACCCGACCUAAACCUGGCCUCACUCAGCUCCAGCUGUUUCCUUUUGUCCUGUCACUGGUCACAAGAGUGAAGAGAUGAGUACCUGCCCCUCUGCUGUCCCUCAUGAGGGUGCUGAAGACCCAAAUGAGGUCUGACCUCAGUCUCCUCCAGGCUGAACAGACCAAGUGACCUCAGCCACUCCUCAUACAGCUCCCCCUCCAGACCCUUCAGCAUCCUCAUGGCCUCCUUUGGGUGCUCUCCAAUUGCUUAAUGUCUGUUAGAUGUUGUGGUUCCCAAAACUGCCCCCAGCACUGAAGGUGAGGCCACCCCAGGACGGUCCCCUCCCUUUCCUGGCCGGUGAUGCUUUGCCUCAUGCCCCCAGGACAUGGUUUGCCCUCUGGGCUCCAGGGCACUGCUGACUCAGAUCCAGCUUGCCCCCAGCCAGGAGUGUCUGGACCCCAGUGCAGAAUGCAGCCCUUGCCCUUGUUAAACUCCACAUGGUUGGUGAUUGCCCAUCUCUAAUUCGUUGAGGCCUCUCUACCCUUGAGGGACUUGACAGCUCCUCCCAAUUUAGUGUUUUCGACAAACUUAAUAUUCCUUCCAGUCCUGUGUCCAGGUAAUUCAUGAGGAUGUUGAAGAGCACAAGGAUGAGGAUGGAGCGCUGCAGAACCCCACCAGUGACCAGUGCCAGCCUGGUGUCACCCCAGUCACUGUCACCCUUUGUGUCCAGCCUGUGGGCCAGUUGCUCACCCUUCAUGGAACACAGUUAACCAGCUCUGGGCUGGACAGUUUGUCCAGAAGGUCACUGGGAGAGACCAUAUCCAAAGUUUUGCUGAAGUCCAAAAGGUGACAUCUGCUGCCUUUCCUAGAUCAGUGAGGUGGGUCACCCUGUCACAGAAGGAGAUCAGAUUCAACAAGCAGGACUUUCCCUGUGUGAAGCUGUGCUGCCUGUGACUGAUGCCUGCACUGUCCCCCAGGUGUUUUUCAGUACUUCCCAGAGUAAUCUCUUCCAUGAUUUGGCCAGGCACUGAAGUGAGACUACAGGCCUGUGGUUUCCAGGGUCCUCCUCCUUGAUGUUGAGAACUGGGGCAUUUGCCAGCUUCCAGUCAGCUGGAACCCCUCAGAUUCCCAAAACUGUUCAAAAAUCAUUGAGAGGUUUUGCAAUGACAUCAGCAGCAUCUUGAGGAUUCUCAGAUGAACGCCAUGAGGCCCCAUGGAUUUGUAGGCAUCCAUGUGGAGCAGCAGAUCCUGCUGCUUUGGGCUUGACUGGGAGUUGAACAUUCACAGUUCUCCAGUUCAGGGCACUGAGACCCCCUUGGUCCAUCAUCUGUGCAGAAGACAGGCAAAGAAACAUUAAACACCUCUGCCAUGUCCAUGUCUGUGUUUGUGAGGAGAGCAUCCUCAUCCUGGAAUGGGCCAGUGUUAUUUCUAAUUUGCUUUUUGCCAUUAAUAUAUUUUACAAAACUCUUUUAUUUCCCUCACGGUUCUGGCCAGUUUCAUCACCAGUUGAACUUUGGCCAUAUGAAUUUUCUCCCUACAGUGGCAGCAGCAUUUCUGUAUUCUUCCCAUGUCACCUGACCUUUCUUCCACUGGGCAGACACCUUCCUUUUUCAUCUUAUUUCCAAGAGAAGAUCCCUGUUCAGCCAAGAAAGGGAAGGUGGUGUGAAUGCCCCAAGCACUGAAGCAACUUCAGCAGAGGUGACCACCAACCUGAAGCAUCUUUUGUGGUCUGAAUCUGUGUGCUCCGUGCACACACCUGAGGUGCAACACCUGAACCAGCAGCAGUCCAUCUGCUUCCACUCUGUCAGGGUGACAGGUAACAAAGCUGCACUAGCACCUUGUGAUGGGAAGCUCAGUGGAGCAGGAGAAUCCUGGAGUUUCUUGCUCAGCAAAAACUGUGGCAGGAAAAAGCAUUUGCCAGUACUUCCAGUCCUCCAGGUGUGAUGUUUAGCACAAGGCAACUGCUGACAAAGUCUGACUCUGGCAGAAUCAAAUGUUUUGGGCUUGGAACACCAAACAGUUCUGGGGCUGUGGGCUCACUCAGGCCAGUGCAGUUCACAUCCCCAAGUGGCUUUUCUUUGAGGGUAUACAUUCAGACCUUUCUGAAAGUUGCAGUGCCAAUUUUAAAGGACUGAGGAGGGGGAUAUGUUGUUGUUUUAUGCUUUUUAAAAAUGCAAUGUGUUGUUUAAGUCUGUGUAGAUGCAUUUGUAUUAUGCCAGGUAAAGCUCUCGUCCCCAAGGGAUCUUUUGGAGCUCCUGGUUUGUUAUAUUAGCAGGGGCUUGUGCUGGUGGUGUCUCUGUGUGGCUGAAAUCUGAAUUUCCCAUGGGCUGCUUCAGUGGGUGCUCUUCUGAGCCCUAGGAGGUGGGUGUAGAACUCACUUCAGCUGUUCUUUGGGAAAGAAAACUUGACAGCAGGAGUGCUGUGCACAUAGUAAACACUCAGCAAUGCCCAGGCACUGAUGAAAGAACAAAUUAAAGAGAGAUUAAAGCCUCAACUGUGACUUUCUUAAAUGUGUUGGGUUCGGUGGAACCUGGAGUGUUGCUUUUCUGGGCUCUCUGAUCCAUUUUUAACCUUGUCUGUUCCUUAUUUAAACACUCCUGGACCAUAUCCUUCUGUAUAAAGGAAUCCUAAAUAUGUUUUUUGGGAUCUCUGUUUUUGAGUCUUUUGUGCCAGUAAGAGCAGUGUGGUGGUGGGGAAAAGGAGAGAGGGAAUUUUUUAGCUGUCCAGACUCCCAAAUUUCCUGUGAUAGAUAGCUAGGCAUAAGCAAGCACACUUGCUCUGUAGCCACUACAGAUUCUUCCACAAGAUCACUUUUAAAAAAUCCUCCAACUUCUCCCACUCCUGGCAUUUCUGGCCAAGGCUGAACAGCCUGGGAGCCUGCACAGUCUGUGUGUGUUGUCUCAGAGAUGUCUGCAGCUGCUGCCUUUUGGAAUCAUGUGGGGCCUGCAGAGGUGAAGGCUCACAAUACUCAGCUCUGUCACAGUGAGGGGAGUCCUUGGAGAGUUCUCCCUUCCUCUCUGGUGGCUGGGCAGCACCUCAGUGAGGUGCAGCUGCAUUUGGCACAUGUGGUUCAGUUGGCACAGUCUAAAAUCUAAUGUGAAAGCCUGAUUGCUGUGCUGGGAAAGCCACACCUCUGCCUCUAGAAGCACAGUGGGAAGAUGCAGAGUGCAGAGCAUUCUUCCAUGCCUGUGAACUCUCCCAUAGUGUGAAAUAAUGCAAUUCCAGGAGAAGCCUGUGUUGGUGGGACACCCCUCAAAGUAAAGCAGCGUGUUUACAACAGACAGCAGACAUCAUGAUACCAGCAACCCUCUCCUGACUGCUCCACAGGGCAAUUCCUGCUGUGAAACAGUCUGUGCAGGCUUACCUGGGAAUUAUGACUCUGGGAUCUCCAGUUCUUCCUCUUCUGGCUUUUGCCUGAGCCACUUUGGUGAGUCUUUGAGCAGUGAGGAAAAUCCCUACCUCACAGGGCUGUUGUGAGGCUGAACUGCAGUUGCUGUGUAAGAUGCUUUGAAGCCAUCCACCCACAAAAAGUGUUCCAUUCAUCCUGAGCAGCCUGAGCCUUCUGAGCCUGGUGGGAGCUUUUUGUAGCAGAAAACAUUGGGGAUGUUGUUCAACACUUGGCCAUGUGGUGUUCUGUGGUGGCCCUUCCAGAAUUGCUGUAUGGUACAUAAAUUGUAGCAGAACAAAACUUCCUGUUUUCACCAGGGUUGAGCUGUUGCAGUUCCAUGGCCUGCUCUAAACAGGAGAUUCUGCUAGAGCAGGAUCUGGUUUUAAAUAGAACUAGAUGCAAUUUUCUCAUCAGGGAGUCAGCUUCUCUGGCCUUACAGGGAUGGGGGGAGCUGGUGCUUCCCAGGCUGGGUGAGGGAGCAACAGUUAAAAACUGUGCUCCCUUUGUGCCUCACUCCGUGCUCGUGGGAAGCUGGCUGGGGAGAGUGGGCUCUGUGCUCUCACUUCUCCAGGCUUUUGCUUCUUGGGACAUCCUUGUCUCUUGUUCCAGCCCUGCUGCUUUUGUACUCUAGAGGCCCUGGAUGCAGCUGGUCCAGCACCCUGUGGACCCCUCAUUUCCUUGAGGAAAUUUCCUCAUUCCCUUGAGCCCCCAAGCAGCAGCCCAGCUCUGCCUCACUUCUCUGGGGGCUGCUCUGAUCCCCAGGGAUGGCAGAGAGCUUUAGGCUGGGUGUCACAGUCCUGCCUGCUCCAGGAAAGCUGAUGGGAUUUGGGAGCUCUGCCUGUGCUUCAGAGCCUGGUGACAGCCACAGGCUGGGAGAGUUCAGGAGGAAAUGAUCCAGCACUCCAUCAGAACCACAAAUGUGGGCAAGAGGCACCAGUGCCAGCACCUGUUCCUGCACAAGUGCUAUGGGAGCAGGUGACACCGAGGAGCCUCUGGCAGAGCUUCCUCCCCUUUCAAGCUGGUGUGUGCUGGCUCCAGUUUGUCUUCUCAGUUACAUCAAACCUCUCCAAAUGCUUCAAGGAAAGACAGCAGCCUCUUUCAUAGUUAACCUCUACUCUCCUCCCUGAGUCCCCACCAUUGUGGGCUGGGAAGUGAGACUGUUGGCUGAAUGGAGUCUGGAAUGCCUCUGUGGGCUUAUUAUAACUGGGAGGUUUUUGGCAUCCCCCUUGUAAAGGGGGGGAAGGAAAGUGUUACCAUUUGUGGGACAGUCCUACUGUCAGCUCCAAGCCCUGCCACUGCCCUUAGCUGCUUUUAUCACCCAUCCAGCAGAGCUGGGAUACUUGUCUUGUUCGGAUGAUUGUGGUUUUGCUUUUUAUUUUAAAUAAAAUCAAUUAUUUUGCAUUA